AUGAGCGCGACGACGACGGCGGGGGCGCCGCAUCGCGCGCGGAUCCGACCCCGUUCGAACCUCGCGGCGACGUAUUUGUCACCCAUUCUUCCGGGUGCCGUGGCAUUACACUCACCGUCCAAACGCGAGGCGACCCUUCCGCACGUUCGGACGAGGACAUCGACCGCGUCGUCGUCGUCGUCGUCCGCAUCGUCGGACGCCGUCGUCUCGACCGAAUCGUGCGAGUGGACCGACGACGAAAGCGAGUGCGCGCGCAAGACCAAGGCACUCAACGUCCACGAGUGCGGCGUGCCCGACGACCCUGGACUCAACUGGCACCUCCUCUCCGAGUCCCAGUGCGACCUGACGACCAUCGUCAAGUUUCGCCGAAACCACGAGUGGAGGGAGUAUCAGAGCUCGAAGCGGUGGUUCCAGCAGCUCACCACCAUCAACGGGAGUGUGGUGGCGAGGCGGGUGACGUUCCCGGCGCUCGUCAUCACCGCGUGGGCCGUCGCGGUUGCCACCGCGGCUAAGACGGUGUCCGCGCCGUGGCUGUGGGCCUCCGUGUCUUCUGCGUCCCAAUUCGUGUCCAUCGUCGGCGGCGCCGUGUCGCUGCUGUUGGUGUUUCGCACCAACGCCGCGUUCGCCAGGUUCUGCGCCGCCGCGGACUCGUUCGCGGACGUCCUGGCGUCGACGCGAAACCUCUCGCGCAAGAUGGCGGUGUGGGCGCCGGUAACGCAUCGGUCAUCGCUGGCGCGGCUGUGCGCGGCGAUCCCGUGGGCGGUGAAACACCGCGGGCAAGGGAUACACGGCACCCCCGAAGCGGCGGAGGAGCUGGAGACGGUGCUGACGCCCGCGCAGCUGGCGCGGCUGGACCCGGCGGGUAACGUCCCAGCGCAGCUCAUGACGGAGAUUACACGGGCGCUGGAUCGGAUGAACGAGCACAAGGUGGAGCUCAUCUACCAGCUCCUGAUGGAUAACGACCUCACGGCGCUGCACGCGUACGCCGCCAAGACGGAUCGCAUCGCGCAGACCCCCACGCCGGUGAGCUACACGCGUCACAUAUCCCGGAGCCUCAUGCUGUGGCUUUUGACGCUACCCGCGUGCUCCGUCGGCGCGGGGUGCCCGUGGUGGAUCACCGGCGCCGGCACCGCGCUCGUCUCGUGGCUCCUCCUCGGCAUAGACGACCUCGGCAUGCAGCUCGAGCAGCCGUACACGGUGAUGGCGCUCAAGUCGAUGUGCGAAGACGUUCAGGACGAGGUCGUGCCGGAGACUGGGCGCAGCGAGUGGACGCCGAGGAUCGGAGCGCCGCGGGACGAGGUGAAGGCGUCGGGGUUCCUCAACUCGGAGUUGGUCGGAGACGAGACGGCGGACGCGACGACGCAGCUGGCGAGCGCGUGACGUGCAUAAAAGAUAAGAGAAGGGCUCGGGCUCGUACUCAGGGUUUCAUCGCAAAGGAAGAAAGAAGACUCGCAACUCACGGCGUACCGUAAGUUUAACGCGAUGUAACGUAUAAAUAGCACUACACGU